AUGGCCUCUGCUAUGCGCCUCAGCUCUGCCUUCAGGGCCACUGCCCGCGCUCCUGCGUUCACUGCCCGCAGGACUGCUUUCAACGGCAUGCGAUGCUACUCGGCCAAGACCCAGACUCUGAAGGAGCGCUUCGCUGAACUUCUGCCGGAGAAGAUCGAGGAGAUCAAGUCUCUGCGCAAGGAGCACGGUUCCAAGGUCAUUGACAAGGUCACUCUCGACCAGGUCUACGGUGGUGCCCGUGGCAUCAAGUGCCUCGUCUGGGAGGGUUCGGUCCUCGACUCUGAGGAGGGUAUCCGCUUCCGCGGCAAGACGAUCCCGGAAUGCCAGGAGCUCCUCCCCAAGGCACCCGGUGGCAAGGAGCCUCUUCCUGAGGGUCUCUUCUGGCUUCUCCUGACCGGUGAGGUUCCCUCGGAGGCUCAGGUUCGCGCCCUGUCCGCCGAGUGGGCCGCCCGCUCCGACCUUCCCAAGUUCGUCGAGGAGCUUAUCGACCGCUGCCCCAACGACCUGCACCCCAUGGCUCAGUUCUCGAUGGCCAUCACUGCGCUCGAGCAGACCUCGUCGUUCGCCAAGGCCUACGCCAAGGGUAUCAACAAGAAGGAGUACUGGGGAUACACCUUUGAGGACUCCAUGGACCUGAUUGCCAAGCUUCCCACCAUCGCUGCCCGCAUCUAUCAGAACGUCUUCAAGGGUGGCAAGGUCGCCGCUGUCCAGAAGGACAAGGACUACUCAUUCAACUUCGCCAACCAGCUCGGUUUCGGCAACAACGCCGACUUCGUUGAGCUGCUCCGUCUUUACCUGACGAUCCACACCGACCACGAGGGUGGCAACGUCAGCGCACACACCACCCAUCUUGUCGGCUCUGCCCUCAGCUCGCCCUUCCUGUCGCUCGCUGCUGGCAUGAACGGUCUGGCUGGGCCUCUGCACGGUCUGGCUAACCAGGAGGUGCUGAACUGGCUUACCGAGAUGAAGAAGUCCGUUGGUGACGACCUGAGCGACAAGUCCAUCACUGACUACCUGUGGUCGACCCUCAACGCCGGCCGUGUCGUGCCCGGCUACGGCCACGCCGUUCUCCGCAAGACCGACCCCCGCUACACCGCCCAGCGUGUCUUCGCUCAGGAGAAAAUGCCCAACGACCCCAUGUUCAAGCUUGUCAGCCAGGUCUACAAGAUUGCUCCUGGUGUCCUGACUGAGCACGGCAAGACUAAGAACCCCUACCCUAACGUCGAUGCCCACUCUGGUGUUCUCCUGCAGUACUACGGCCUGACUGAGGCCAACUACUACACUGUCCUCUUCGGUGUGUCGCGUGCCAUUGGUGUCCUGCCCCAGCUUAUCAUUGACCGCGCCGUCGGUGCUCCCAUUGAGAGGCCCAAGUCGUUCUCGACUGAGAAGUGGAUCGAGAUUGCCAAGAAGACUUCUGCCUAA